AUGCCGGUCCUCUCCUUGAAGGUCGUCCUCACUCUCUUUCUCGGCAUAUGUGUAGCUGCCAACGUGCCUGUUAUAUCAUACGUGACUCGACCAGACAUAUUGACUCCGAACCUCACAUUCACUUCGUUCGAUCGCACAAAGGUCACGCCUGUCCAUGUCGACAAAGCCAAGGGAUUAGAGCCGGGGUACAUCUUCCUCUCGACCUAUAAAGGCGCCGCUCAGCAUGCUCCUUACAUAUUCGACAAUCAAGGCAACCUGGUCUGGUCUGGUUAUGAUAGCACUUUGUCAGACAUAGGAUACUUUGACUUUCAGAGCCAUCGGACGUCAAACUCAUCAUUGCUCUCAGUUUUCCGCGGCUACGCAGAUUCUGGCCGGGGCAAAGGCCAUGUCGCCUUCCUGGACCAAGAGUACAAGACCGUUCGGACCCUCGACGCACCCGCUCCUCUGACGUCGCUAGACUUCCACGAAUUCCAGCUUCUGGACGAUGGCCAGACGGCAAUCGUAACAAGCCUGCAACCGAUCCAAGCCGACCUCGCAGCCUACGGCAUCAACGAGACGAUGGGCUGGCUCCUCGACUCCGCUUUCUACGUUCUCGAACUGCAAAGAGAUAACCAGAUCGUAUUCGAAUGGCGUUCUUCUGACCAUAUACCUCUCAACGAAUCCGCUGUGACACCGAGCAUAGGCUUUGGCGCUGGCCUCUCCUACGGCUAUGCUUACGACUACUUCCAUCUGAACUCCAUCGCCCGCUUCCAGAACGGUGACUACCUCCUUUCCGCCCGGCACACCAAUACGCUCUAUCGCAUCGCUGGCACCACUGGGAAAGUGCUAUGGCGUCUCGGCGGACCACAGUCAAGCUUUACUCAGGAUCGCUUCAAUUUCUCCUCCCAACACGACGCUCGUAUCCUACAUGAGUCCUCUGAUGGAACGAUAGUCCUCUCCCUUUUCGACAACGCUCACAACGGCAUAGUCGGGACCAACGGUGCCACCAACACAACCUCCUCCGCUCUGAUCCUCUCCCUUGACGAGAGGAAGAUGACAGCCUACCCUGUUGAACAAUACUUUCUCCCACCCCAUGAAGGUUCCACCGCAGCGCGUGCGCUGGGCUCCAUACAGCGUCUUCCGAACGGCAACAGCCUUGUCUCUUGGGGCUACCUCAACACCAUCACGGAGUUUGCGCCAGGUGGACACCCUCUCCUCAACAUAGCAUUCAACGACGAAGACGCCGCGCAUUAUCGCGUCCACAAAGGCAACUGGACCGCUUCCCCACCCGUGUCAGAGCUCGCAGUCUACGUCUUCGCUCCUGACGCUACCCAGAACACGCACAUCUACAUCUCCUGGAACGGCGCGACGGAAGUACGGGCUUGGCGGGUCUAUGGAACUAUUCUUACCAACUUCGGCGGCUCUGAAACGGAUGAGAUUGGUCUCUUCCUCGGCCAACUCAAUAAGACCGGCUUUGAAACGCACUUUGACGCGAAGCGCUUCGUGACUAGCGCAUGGGUCUCUGCGAUCGAUAUAGAGGGGAACGUGCUAGGGAAGAGUGAAGUGAUGAAAACGAUUGUGCCCAGAGAGGAAGUCAGAGAGAGGUGUGGAAAGACGCAUUGUGUCAAGCAGAUCUUAAUGCAGGAGGCAGAAGCGAAGUGGGGAUCUGGCCCCGUUUGUGCUGGUAGUGUUGCUGGAGGGGUGGAGAGUACGGUGGUGGGAUUGUGGCUGUAUGUUCAGACGUUUGUGUUCUUUCUGCUGGGGAUGGGGGUGAAUACGAUGUUUAGUAUGAGAGCUACGCCGUGGUGGAGGUGGUAG